AAAUUCCACCAUUUGGAAGGUGGAUAGUAUUCAAAUAUUGACCUGGCCGAACUUACUGCUUUUAAUACCCUAUGCCACAUAGUGGUAAGAGUAUCAUGUUUUUUUGCAUUUAUUGUUGAAACAUGGAGAAAGAAGCGAUAUAGACCCAUAGUUACUUUUGAGGAUCUUCAUAGAAUCAUUUUCUGAAUCGAUUUAGGCGUGUCAGCCCGUCGGUCUAUUAAUUGUGCACCGAAUGGUCAAUAUCAGUCCAAAUGAUAUUGUACUUCAAAUUUGGUGAAAAUAGGUUCAGGUAAGCUAUAGCUCCCAUAUAUAUGUUUUAUCCGUUCCUCAGUUCCUCACAACAAUGAUUUUUGGUACCAGAUAUCAGAUACAGCUCAGAAAUAAGAGCUUAACAUUUGGUUAAGAUCGGUUCAGAUUUUGAUAUAGCACACACACAUAUCUUUAACCGAUUUCAGUUUUUUUUGUGAACCAAAUCGCCAAUAUUAGCCCAAAAGGACUGAGUUUUGGCACUUCCGACGGAAUUCCGCCUAAAAGCAAGUGCUUCAAAUUUUUCAGAAAUUCGAUUCAAAUAUAGCUAUAGCUCACAUAUAUAUGUUUCACCUGAUUUGGUGUAAGAUUCUUACACGCGUAAUAUACAGUCCACAACAUUAUCAGAUACUACUCGAAAAUACAUCAGCCAAAUUUUAUUGAGAUAGGUUCAGAUUUUUAUAUAGCUUCGAUAUACAUCUUCAUCCGAUGCUACGGUUAUCAUAUAUGUAAUAUCAUCAUGUAUAUAAUAUCAGCCCAAAUUGAAUAGAUUUCUUCAUAUUCAACUGAAUUUUAUCAUUUGGUGAAACUUGGUCCGGUAUAUCUAUGCUCCAAUAAAUAUUUUUUAAUAUAAUAAUUAUUGAAGUCAUAUCAUGCACUAUACAGCAAUGCUAUUUUGUACCGCUUGCCAAAGGAAUAGAAGUAUAAAAAUUGCUCUGUUCUCAAAUCUGUUCUCAAUCUACUAGUUUAGCAAUUUGUUCGAUAUCAUAAAGAGAAAAAUCGGUUUUCCUAGUAAAAACUUUUAGAUUCAAGAGCAAUCUAAAUGUGAACAAGUUAAAAAGCUGUACGUUUGGUCGGCCCGAACUAUGAAUACCCUCCACCAUUUGGAAAGAAUUUGGAAAUUUUCAAAAAAUAAAAUCCGUUAAAAAUUCUGUUAAAAUCUUAAAAAUAGCGUAUAUAGCCGUUAUAUUGGGGUAUAUACGACCUAAGCCGACCUAAACCUACAUAGGCAAACUUGAAAUAAACGUUGAAUAAUGUAGCUAAAAUCAUCAAAAUACCCUAUAUAGGGAGGUACCGUUAUAUCGGAUCUGUGUGACGACCUGGACCUGCAUAGACAAUUUUCGGUCACAGGCUGUAGCAUACAUUACGAACUUCAAAUACGACAUCUGAAACAAUUUCGUACAGCAGAGGUUAACAGUUUUUCACACAGAUUCUACUUGUGAACUGUAGCAGUAUUUGACCCAAAUAAGGCCCAAAUCACUUACUCGAGAACGAGAGAAAACAGCAACCACAACAGAAAGACAUUGGGAAGCACACAACCAACCAGCAUUAAGUGCCAAUGUAAUACCUAUAGUAUCUUCAUCAUCGUCGUCAAAUAGUAGAGGAGAAAAAGAAGAGUCAAGGAACCUUUGUAGUUAUUUACUGAAAGCAUUAACGAACGAAUGGUCGCGUUUAUUCAUUUGCAAUUGUUUCAGUAAAAAGUGAUACCCGACGUUUUUAGCUGAAGCCAAAAACUAUUUAGACGCCACUGCUGUCGUCACCACCGCCAACUAAAGAUCAACAACCUACAACCUUCUUCUGUUACAUUUUAACACCGACCUCCCGUUCGAACAAAAACCGCCAAAACGCCUUACCACACAAAAAUGGAGCGUAAACUGCUAUACGCCUUUCGAGGCUGGAUAGCAUUUGUCGCCUUUAUGGACUUGGGAACAGCAUUUCGUAGCUAUAUUGAGCGUCGAAGUUUUCUCGACCAUGCCGAUACACAGUUCAUAGAAGGAGAUUAUACGGUAUCGCGCAUUAUUGGAAUGUAUUGCUUGCUUAAGGCUUUAGCUUUGGUGCACUGUACUUUAUACAUACACUAUAGGCCAGUUGUUAGCAUGGGAGGUUGUUCACUGGCUCUAACUUUGGUUUUAUAUCUAACGGAAACUUUGUACUUUCAAUCGUGUACUUUAAAUUUCUAUGUCAUAUUUCCAUGUGUCUUGAAUUCUAUAACCUUAUUGGCACUCAUGUAUAUACCAAAACGUUUACGUUUGUGGGAGCCAAGUCUGGAUUUAGAUGAUGAGAAUACUCAACUGCUUAAACAGAUGACUGGAUUCAAGAGGAGGCGUGCUAAGAAAAAUCAAUAGAACCAUCUGACUUAAAAAGAAAAGUUUCUUUUUACAGAUUAAUUUUAGAGUGAACAGCCUUUGCGAGGAACAGGCAUUGCAAGGCUGUUGUUGCAUAUACUAAGGCAAAUACGAAUAUAUUAUUGUCAUCAUUAACAUUAAAUGAAUUGGAAUUCAACAACGCCAGAUUUGAAAAACAUUUCCAUUUGGAACUCCGGAUAUACAUCUAUAAUUUCAGUAACUUAAUUGGAGAUAUAUAGUUUGAAUCUCAAUUAUUAUAUACUUUCUAUAUUCCUAUUCUUUGAAAGGUAUCUGGAGUUACGCAGAAAGAAAAAGAAAAGAUCUUCACUUUUCGCCUUUUUCAAAAUAAAAGAACCGUUUUUUGUAAAGGAAAUUUAGCAUGUUCAGCAUCGUUGUUAGUUUAUAAGUCGUAUAUCGAUGCUAUAAAAUGCGUUUGGUUUGGCCUUUCUACCCAAGCGAUUACUGGACCACGUUAAUAAAUGAAUGUUCGUAUUUCAUUUAAAAUGUUGCAUUGCUUUUUUGCUUUUUAUAGAUAAAUAGAAACGGAUAUAACGAGAAUCACUUGUUGCAUAACAUCGCUCACAAUGAGCUGUGAAUGAAUAUUUUUUUUAUUAAGAAAAUGCAAUAUAACCGUCAUCGACUGAUCAUAUUCAUAUAAAAAUUUGCUAAAUAAUAUUUUUGAAACAAAUAAUUAUUUCUAUUUUUAUUAAAAAACAGGAAACAAAAAACACAAGAAUAGAAAAAUGCCAGCACAUGUAAAACAAAACAUUGGAUCAAUUAUUUUUAAUAGCAAUUUUACUUCCAAGUAUUGAAACCAAAAAAAAAACGUAACCUUUCCACAUCAAUUAGUAUUAAAAAGCUCUACAUCUUCUCAGCCCGUUAGCUUUUAAACAAACAGAAAAUAUUAUAUAAACGAUUGCGACAGUUAAUUAUAUAAAACAUUAACGAUAAUAAAUACUUGCUUUAAAACUUGAAUUGUAAGUAGGCAUUAUUAGCAUUUUUAUAAAUUAAAUUUUUGAUAUACAAUACAUACAUAUAAGAUACACAAUUAUUUAAAAAAGUAUGCAAUUUUUUUAUAAGCAAUAAUAGUUACAAUAACACAUUUAUCAAUAAAAUUGAAUAAAUCAA